GGCUCGGGGCUGGCGGAGCGCGGCAGGGCCGGGCAGUGGGCGCGGGGGGGCGGCCGGGGCAGCAUGAGCGCGGUGCUGCGCGCGGCCUGGCGGUUGGGCGCGGCCGCGCGGGGCCGGGCCGGGCGGGCGCUGAGCCAGGCGCCCGGGGAAGGCGGCGGCGCUGAGGGCGGCGGCGGCGGCUCGGGGUCGCGGGAGGCGGUGGAGCGGCUGGUGCGGGAGCACCCGGUGGUGGUGUUCAUGAAGGGCAGCCCGGCGCAGCCCCUCUGCGGCUUCAGCAACGCUGUCGUGCAGAUCCUGCGCCUGCACGGCGUGGAGGACUACCGCGCCCACGACGUCCUGCAGGACCCCGACCUCCGCCAAGGAAUAAAAAACUACUCUAACUGGCCUACCAUCCCACAAGUAUACCUCAAUGGUGAAUUUGUUGGUGGCUGUGAUAUACUCCUCCAGAUGCAUCAGAAUGGAGAUCUUGUGGAAGAGCUGAAGAAGUUGGGAAUCCGUUCAGCACUUCUGGAUGCAGAAAAAGACCAAGAUAAAAAGUGAAAGGAUUAAAAAAGAUGCUGUGACAGGAAGAAGCCUGAUCUUCGAGAGGAACUUGUUACCAGUAAAGCCUUAUGUUCUUUAGCUCAGAGAAGGCAUCUUUUUGAACCGACACUAAAGUUUAUCUGUGAAUGUCUAAUGCUCAUGGUAAAUGUAUGAUCUUGGCGUUUUGAUUUCUGGAUAUUGUGAAAAUUUGAGUAUAACCACUGUACUGUAAAGCAUACAUUUGUUGAAAGUGUGCUUUUUAAAAAAAAAGUUCACUUCUAAAAUCAUUCACUUCUUGAUUGGGGCAGGAGUACGCCAACCAAACAAGUAAUACUUCAGUGCUUUUUGAAUGUGUGUUUCUCUGUUCUUUGAUACACAAACCUAUGCAAACAGUGUUUGCAUUCCCUUGCUCCUCUUGAAAAAGUGUUAAGUAAUAGUGCAACAGUUUUGCUCCAUAACUCCUGGUGAUAAGAUCUCCUGAGAGCCUGUAAAACUUCUGUAACCACAUUUGAUGUAGGAGAAAAUAGUAUUCAAAAAUAUAUAAGAAAAAAUAUUAUUAUAUGGGAGUGCAUUAAAUAUACUUUUAUUCUUAAGGGUAAAAUAAACAGAUUUGUACAAAUACAUGUAUAAUGGUCAUUAUUACUUUAUAACAUUCUGAUGGCUUUUAAAAGAAAGGUAUGAAUUGUGCCUAAAGAUUUUAUAAAAUGUUUUCUACCUCUUGCAAAGCAGCUCUCCCCCUGCUUAUAUACUUCGUGUAUUGUAGUUCUGUGUCAGUGCUAAAAGGUGGGAAUUAUUUAAGGCUACAGUAUUCUAGAUUGGAAUAGUACAGGAGAAUACUUCAGUUACUACUGUAAUCUUGUAUUAUUUGCUAGUUACUAUGUUAUCUUUAUAUUUGUUGUAUUUCCAAGUAUUUUCUCUGAACUUGUGUGCUUUGACGAAUAUGGUCUUCAAACAUGGGGUUAACAGAGGAAAUGUUUCUUGUAGAUAAGAUAGUAAGUGCAGCAGACAGUCGACUGAAUAGAUAAAUGUUUCUUUGUGGAAAGUCUCUGAAGUCUUCAAUACCUAUCUAACCACAUUUCUCGAAGUUAAAACCAAUCUUAUUAACUGGUAUAGCUUCAGCUGUACUAAGCCAAAGGUUAAAAGCUAACCACCAUACUGCUAAGGUUAAAAACUAUUUUUAAAUGCAGUUUACUUUUAUUAAGAUAAACUAUUUUGCAUGUGAAUUAGACAAGUGAUUGGAAAUAAACUAUUUUAUGUUGA